AUGAUUUAUGAUCACAAAGUUCACGGAGACAAUUCAAAAGGCUUAAAUGAUGAUGUAAAAACUGGUUGCCAAUUGCGGAUGCACAACAGCCUUUAUCCACAACUUAUCUCUGCUUAUUCUCUGAAAGCUGCAGUGCGUCUUGAAAUAAUUUUAGCUCUGAUGUUCAUUUGA